AUGGAUGCGUGUCGGAGCGGAGAUGUUGGGUGGCCAGCCCUCUGCGACAGGAUCUGCAGGCGAAGCUGGACACCCUGGGCGAGACCUAUAGAAGGCUAUGCCUCUUUGGAUCCAUCCAGGGGAGUGCCGGCGCAAUCUACGACCUGGAAUGCCGGAAUUCCCACUUUGACUGAGGGGCUGGCUCUGAUCAGCGCGGUUAGCAUGGGCAGCAGCGAACGAAGCACGCUCAAUGAAGAAGAGCCUUACCAAAUGAGUUUUGCAGGAGAUUCCAGAAUCGCCGUGCCUGGUCGGAGUGCCGCUGCCCUUGGAAAGAGCUUAUGGGAGGAUGUCGCCGUCGCCGUCGCUGUCGUGGGCGUGCGCUGUCGUGGACGACUCCCGCGGCGAUCCAGGGGGUAUAGGAUCCGAUCAGCCCGUAUCGCUGGAGCUCUAGCUCAGUCAUUCGGGCCGUUGCUGCCAUGGACGAGUAUAGCUUGUCGAUGUUGUAGGAGGGAGGGUUGUGGGCGAGGCGAGGCGAAACAAAGGUCCAAGCGGGCCGUUGCUGGGGCGGCCCCUUUGGGAGGCUGCGGAGCAUCGGAGCAGCCACAAACGCGCUCUAUUCGAGCUAGCUAUACCGAGCUUGCGAAGAGGAUGGCCAUGUCUGCCUCGAGCUCCGCGAGCUGGUUUGAGGUUGAGGAGAGGCGUGUUGGUGGUGGGAGAAGGGGGGAUGGCUUCUCAUCGCCGCCCCGCCACGGAGACAUCUCACCAGCGGAAUAUGGCUCGGCAGCCUUUCAAACAUGA